GAGAAGUUAGCGAAGUUGGUUCGAAACAUCAACGAGGAAGAGGAAGAAGAAUAAAUUUGGAACAAGUCAAACAGGAUGAAGGGGGUCGGCGUUUGCCUGCUGGUCUCGUUGAUGCUUGUCUUGUUGGCGAUCAAAGAUACAGAGAGCAAAAAGAUGAACCUCGAUGAACUGAAGAAGUCCAUCAAGAACUUGAGGAAGCCUUGCAGCAAGAAGAACGACACCCCCAAAGAGCUUCUAGACGGCCAACAUAAAGGUGAAUUCCCAAAAGACGAGAGGUUGAUGUGCUAUAUGAAAUGCGUCCUGACACAAACCAAAGCUAUGAAGGGCGACGAAAUCAUGUGGGAUUUCUUCGUGAAGAAUGCUCGUGUUAUGAUCCUCGACGAAUAUUUUCCACGCAUUACACAUUUAGUUGAAACGUGUAAAAACGCAGUGACGGCUACGGACGGGUGCGAAGCUGCAUGGCAAUUUAGCGCAUGCACCUAUGCAACAGAUUCGGAGCUUUAUAUAAUACCGUGAACAACUCGUUAACGGCGGACUCACAAGAUCAUCGAAGAACCAAGAGAAAUUUCCAAUCGCAAACGCCUCGACAUCGUCAUCUCCGUCAUCGUCGUCGUAGUAGUCGAAAAGUAGCAGUGUGUAGACAUA